AUGGCAGAAGAGGUUUCUUCUUCUUCUACUACUUCUCCCGCAGCAUCUGCUACUGCUCCUCUUGGUUCCAGCGUGAUCUCCCUAGUGAACCGCCUUCAGGACAUCUUCGCCCGCGUUGGCAGCCAAUCCACCAUAGACCUCCCUCAAGUCGCCGUCGUCGGCAGCCAGAGCAGCGGCAAGUCUAGCGUCCUCGAAGCCCUCGUCGGCCGCGACUUCCUCCCCCGCGGCAACGAUAUCUGUACGCGUCGCCCCCUCGUCCUCCAGCUCGUCCAGACCAAGCGCAAGCCCGACGCCCCUGAUGAUGAGUACGGCGAGUUCCUCCACCUCCCUGGCAGAAAAUUUCACGAUUUCUCUGACAUUCGCAGGGAAAUUCAGGCUGAAACUGAUAGGGAAGCUGGAGGGAACAAAGGUGUCUCAGACAAGCAGAUUCGACUGAAGAUUUUUUCACCCAAUGUUCUUGAUAUCACGCUUGUAGAUCUCCCAGGCAUUACGAAGGUUCCUGUUGGUGACCAGCCUUCUGAUAUUGAAGCUCGAAUCAGAACAAUGAUCAUGUCAUAUAUCAAAACUCCAACAUGUCUCAUUCUAGCUGUCACACCAGCAAAUUCAGAUUUGGCUAAUUCAGAUGCUCUUCAGAUGGCAGGGAUUGCUGAUCCUGAUGGUGAGUUUUUACUUCCAUGUGUCUGA